AUGGAAAAGGCAUCUGAUUUGAUUUCGGAGCCAUCGGGGUUAUAUUCAGGUUAUGGUGAAUCACUGAUUAUUCAUUUCGAUCCCGAAUCAUUAAUCACAUUUGCUAAUCACAAAUCACAAGAUUAUCAGUCCAAAGAACUAAAUAGACACAAAAAAAGGAGAAGGACCCUCCAUAGAGAUAUAGGUAUCUGUGAAAUACAGAACGGAAGUUCAAAUCAGACAGAUUAUGAAAAUUCCCAAUUAAACCUCCAGGAUGAAUCUGAAUGGAUAGACAUAACUAAUAGAAUUAUAAAAUUUGAGUGUGACUCCCCCAUAGAUUUGAGUGUGUUGCCACAUGAUUCUACAGGGUUUAGGAUACUCGAAUCAAAUGUUUAUGAAUUUAGAACCGAUGAUAUAAAAUUGAACUUUGAGACGGAUGAACACUUACUUGGUGUUAAAAACAAGAACGUAGCUAAACUCAAGUCCAAAUUAUUAUUAUCUAUAAAUAUACAGAAUAAUUCAAAGGAUGAUACAUCAAGUGCUUUAGAAAUUUUAAGGGACGAAGUAGCUAUUCUUAAUCUUCCAUCAUCAAAAAUAAAUUCAGAUAGUUUACAAUUUUUUGGCCCAGGUAUUAAAUUAAUUUUUAAUGCCAAUACAAAUAAAAUAAACGUUAGUUUGUUCUACAGUAUAUAUUUGAAGGGUGAUAUAAGUGGGCGCUUUCCUGUGGAUAUAACUAAUAAGGUCUCAGAAUUAAUUUUAUUGUCUUCAUCUUCGUUGCCUACUUUGAAUGACUUAUCCUAUACGACUGAUGAUGAUAAUCUACAUGAGCCCUCAACACCUCAACUAUUCUAUAAAUCAAUUUCUGAAAACACGGCAAGAAUUCCACUGAUAGAAAAAUCGUUUGAUAUUCCAGAAUUAGAUACAAAUUUACUAAGGUUCCAAAGAAAAACCGUAAAUUGGUUAAUACAAAAGGAAGGGAUGAAGUAUGAUUGGAAUACAAAUAGAUGUGUGAAGGAUUAUGUCAUAGAUAUAGAUCUAAUUAACAUGCUAUCUCAGUAUUUUAGUAACCGAAAGAUAGAUUUUGAAGAAGUAGAUAAUAAAGUCGGUGUUGUCUUAAACAAAUUAUGUUUUGGGUGGAACAGAAUAACUAAUAAGAAUAGAGUAUUUUGGUUCAACAAAUACACUUGCAAUUUGAGCUCUAGGCACCAAACAUAUCAGUUCAUUUUAGACUAUCACAAAGAAUUAAAUGGUAAAAAAUCCGAGGGUGUGUUACCGGCUCAAGGGUUAUUAGCAGAGGAAAUGGGAUUGGGAAAGACAGUAGAAAUUACGACUUUGGUUUUGAUGAACCCAAGACCAAUAGAUGCAGUGAAUGAACCUAUACAAAUUCAACUCCAAUCUUUUGGAGAUCUAAAGACAGUAAUAAAAGCAAAGACCACCUUGAUUAUUGCGCCCGACUCUAUUUUAAAACAGUGGAACGAAGAAAUUGUUCAUUUAGCCCCAUCUUUGGCUGUGACAAUAUACAAUGGGAUUGAUAAAUAUCCGAAACUAGAAAAUAAUGCUGGUUUGAUUGCAGAAUAUUUAAGGCGAUUUGACAUCGUCUUUACAACAUAUUCCACAAUUUCGAAAGAAUUAGACUAUGCUUUAUAUUCAUCUAGAAAUAAACCAACUCGAAACUCUUCCAAACGGAAAGCUUCGUAUUUUGAUAAUGGUGAUACUGGAAGUGAUAAUACAUUCGAAGACAACGAGCCAAGGAAGGAAGCGGCAGACAACAUAGACAACGAAGCAUUACUUAGAGAUUAUAAAGCAAUGUUUCAGUUAUCAUUACAAUCACAAAAACCAAAGAUAGCUAAUGAAAAAUCAUCUGAAAACCAACACGAAACGGACUAUGAAAAGGCAUUACAAGAUGAAAUACAUUUAGCCAUAAAACAUAAUAAAAUUACAGAUAUAUAUAAUACCCACGAGUAUCAGUCACCAUUGAUGUUAACGCAUUUCUGGAGAGUGGUUUUAGAUGAAGUUCAGAUGGUUUCGUCAAGGCUUUCAAGAGCUUUUCAAAGUGCAGCAUUAAUUCCCAGGUUCCACGCAUGGGGUGUCUCUGGUACUCCAAUUAAGAAAGACUUCAAUGAUUUGCAUUCAAUUUUAAGGUUCUUAAAAUUUCAGCCCUUCUCUGGACCUUUGUCCAAAAACAGUUGGGCCACAUUAACGACAGUGAAUGGAAGGUACACUAAUCGUGACUUCAUUAAAUUAUGGAGUCAAAUAAGUUUAAGACAUACUAAAGCAAUGGUCCAUGAUGAUAUUAGAUUACCACCUCAAAGUAGAGUUUUGAUGACGAUUCCAUUUACCCCUGUUGAACAAGAAAAUUAUAAUCAGAUGUUUGAAGAAUGUUUGGCAGCCAUAUGUCUAGAUAGCAAUGGGAAUCCUGUACUAAGCGACUGGGAACCAUCAUCAACUGUAUUGACUUAUAUGAGGUAUUGGCUAGUUAGGCUACGUCAAGUAUGCUGCAAUCCUCAAAUAGGUAAAUUGAAUCUUAAUUCAAAAAAGUAUAAAUCUAAGAAUUAUAAUAGUAGGGUAGUAACUACUGCUCUGCAAUUAAAAACGUUGGAAAAUGUGCUUGAUGAUAUGUUAAUAAAAGCAUCCGAUCAAAUUAGUAGUGCUGAAAAUCUGACUAUUCAGAUAUAUAUCGACGCUGCACAAUUUCAGGAGUAUAUUUUAUUACCAGAGAAGUCAUUAGAAUUCUUAAAAGUAGGCUUACUUGGAAUAAAGCAUAUCCUAUACCGAUUAAAAUUGAUGCUUGAAAAUUAUAUUAAGGAAUAUGGAGAUUAUAGAGUGCGCUAUAACUUAAAACCAGUUAAUAUAGAUGAAGAUAUCGAGGGAGAGAAUGAUGAUAUUGAUAUAAAUGAUAGCUAUGCAUCCUCUAUGGAUGGCAUCCGAGAUGCAUUGAAUAAAUUCCAAGAUAAAAUUCGAAUGACAAGACUCAAGAUCAGAUUGGCUAAGGUAACUUUGCAUAAAUUUUAUUUCUUAAUUGCGUCUUGUAAUUUCCAAUGUUAUGAUGAGGAAUAUAGAGAAAAGAUCAAUACAUUGAAGCUCAGUAACUUUCCCCCGUCAGACGCUUUGAAUAUUCUUGGAAAAGAGAAUAAAAAUACAAAGGAGAUAUCUACUCUUAUAAGUGGAAUUCCAAUAGAAGUGUUUGAUAUAGGAAAAUUUAACGAGCUUGAAGGAUUUUCGACAGUAGGUUUACAAGAGAAUGAACUACAUUCGGCGAAACAUAAGUUCUUGGAGCUGAAAUAUUAUGAUCUUGCGGAACAAACUAGGCAAGAUAUACUAAAAGGAUCAAUUGAGGCAGUAGGCAAAGCUGUCGAUUCUAAAAUUACUUCUAGAGUAUGGUACAAUAAGAAUGGCGAAAAGUUUGUUGAUACUGGUCUAACUUUAUUGCCAAAGACGUCCAAGAAGUUUUUCAAUGUAUUACCAACCAUUCAGGUUGAUUCGUUAAAAAGUUAUAUUGUGGGUAUGAAGUCGAAGUUUUACUUCGAGAAAUUUGAGAGAUUGGCGACUCAGUUGAAUGUUCAAUGUGAAGUUAUUAAUAAUUGGAUGAGUGAAUUGAUCAGAAUUUUAUGUAAACCGUUAUUGAGUCACGAUAAGACACCAGACGGUGAAGAGUAUGAGGGCUCUAUUGAAGAUCAAGAUAAAGCAUCAUGUUACUUGAAUGUAAUUUCGGAGAUAUUGGUAGAUCGUAAUGAAUUUAUUGUAGGUGAUGAAAACUCCACCAAGAUGAACAUUUUGAAAGUAAAUCAAGUUCCUAGUGACACACAUUCAGAGGCCAACAGAAUUAACAGCACAAUAUUCUUAAAUCAACUUGAGGAAAUAAGGGGAAAUGUUAAACCAACAGGAAAGAGUUCUUUACAGGAACUCGUAUUCGAUAUCAAAGACAUCGAAAGUGAAUUAAAAGAUGAGGAAUUCUUAGAUGAAGGUUCGAAGCAAAUUGAAUAUGAUUUGUUCAAGAAAAUAAGUGAAAGGGUACGAACUAUAUUUGCUAACCAAAAACUUGCACAAAUCUUACUCCAAAAGGAACUAAAUUUGAGUUGUAACUCUGUUUUCAAUAGUCGUAUCGAAUAUUUCAAGCAGUUGCAGCAAAUUUCAGAUAGUGUUCAGCCUAGAGAGUAUGAUUUCCUGCAAGAAAAUUUGACUUAUGAGAUUGUUUUAAAAGAACAAGAGAGACAAUUACAGGAAUAUAUCGAAGUAAAUUCAUCGAUGGGUAAAGCUAUUUCAAAGUUCAGAUAUUUGCAAACGUUGAUAAAAAAGGAUGAUAUUAUAGAGAAACCCCACUCCAAUGAUGAUGAAGAAGAACUUAUGUGUAUUAUUUGCAGAUCAACAAUUACAAUUGGCUCUUUAACCCAGUGUGGUCAUAAAUAUUGUAAAGAAUGUUUAGAACUAUGGUUAAGGAAUCAAAAAACUUGUCCAAUGUGCAAGCAUGCGAUAAAUAUAUCAACGGUAUACAAUUUUACCCAUCAUAAGCCAAAUUUGAAAGCAAAUGCUGUGGAUACUACAGGGAAUCAUAAAGUUGAUGAUAAUUUACAUUCUAUUUAUCAACCUAUUGAUGAUGUGAUAAUUGAUGAUAUUCAGCAUAUGCCAUUAAAAAACUCAUACAGUUCUAAGGUUGAUAUGAUUGUGAAACAAGUAUUAUACUUGAGAAGCAAAGAUCCGACGGUUCAAAUUGUUAUUUUCAGUCAAUGGCAGGAUCUCUUAUAUAUACUUGGAACGGCAUUUAAGUCUGCAAAUAUUUCAUUCUUAGGGUCGCAUGGAACGUUAACUCCAGAAGUAGGAGCAGGUCGUCGCCGUAAUAAGUAUGAUAGCGUGGAAGAAUUUAAGGACCCGCAGAACGAAAUCACUUGCUUCUUGUUAAAUGCGAAGGCACAAGCGAGUGGAUUGACAUUAGUGAACGCAACGCAUAUAUUCUUGUGUGAGCCAUUGGUUAACACUUCCCUAGAGUUACAAGCGAUCUCGAGAAUCCAUAGAAUUGGCCAAACUAAACUUACCACAGUGUGGAUGUUUGCAAUUGAGAAUACGGUAGAAGAGAGUAUUGUGCUAAUGUCCACUAAUAAAAGAUUACAGUAUUUUGAAACAGAAACUACGCCAUCGGCACAACAAGAUGGUACAUUGAAAUCAAUAUCGAAAACCAAGGAAAGAAAUUUAAGUAAGGCAGAAUCGAUGACGUUGAUGAAGAGUGGUGGAAUAGAUACAUUAGUCAACAAAGGUAACGGGGAAGGAGAGUCUGUCACCAAUGGGGACUUAUGGAAUGCAUUUUUCUGUGCAAGGGCCAAUAAUGCCGGGAUCAAUGGAUUAAAGGAGAUAAAGAAUUAA